AUGGUUACGAGAAAUUUUUUAUUUCAAGUCCAUCAUGGUGGGAUAAUUGAUAGGCGGCAGAAUGGGGAAUAUGUUGGGGGUAAGACUGAUAUGUACCAUGAACCAUAUGAUGAGGAUCAACUAUCAUGGAUUGAGAUACAGACGAUUAUGGCCAAGUAUGGUUACCAUCCAGGUGACCUAGUCUACUAUAGACACCCUAGCUUGAGGAUGCACAAUGGUCUUAAAUUGCUUACAUCUGACCAUGAUGUGCUGUCUAUGGUGGCUGCGCUUCAGGAUCAACAAGUGGCUCAUUUGUAUCUUGUGUCUCAUUCUCGAACUUCAGUGCACCAGUCUUCUUUGCAUGAUCAUCAUGUCGAGGAGGAUGUGAGUGAGGAUGAGGAGGAAGCAAAAGCACGUCGCCUUGGACUUAAUGAUCCAUUUUGGAAAGAAGUGUUGAGUAGUGAGGAUGAGUUGUAUGACAUUGAUGUCAAUACAGUGGGAACAUCGAGGUCAAAGCCUGCACAACCAAGGAGUAAAGGUGUUGAGUCUCAAGUGACAGUUGAUGAUAAAGAGCCACAAUCUUCCUCAGAUGCUGAGGAUGAGGAGGAUGAAGGGAGGAAUCAAGACAGAAGUGGUCCAAGGUGGCCAGAGGAGGAUGACAUAGGUGAUUGUUCUGAUAUGACACCAAGUGACGUCCUUCAAUCUCCUGUCCAUAGUGGUGACGAAGGACAUCAUGAUUUUAAGUUUCCCGAGUUUCAAGCUGUUGACUUGGAGAAGUCAAAAAUAUCUGUUGGAAUGAAGUUUGGAUCUACAGCACAGUUUAGAGAGACAAUAAGGAGGUUGAACCUAAAUAUAGGUAAAUCGAUAAAAUUUGCAAAGAAUGAUGGGGAUAGGGUUACUGUUGUCUGCAAUACCCCUAAAUGUCCUUACCGGGUUUAUGGGUUUUGGAUUAGAGGGCAACAAACUUUCCAGAUAAAGUCUAUAAACCCAAGACAUGAUUGUAGUAGGAGUUAUAAGAACCCCAUUGUCACAUCAUCUUGGAUUGCAGAUAAGAUGAUGCCACUGUUUAUAAGCCAACCUAAUGUGCCUAUCAAAGCACUUGCUGAUGAGAUUAAGAGAAAGUGGGGAGUGGAAGUUCCUAAAAUGAAGUUGUAUCGUGCUCGAGCGAAGGCUCAGUUUACCAUAUUUGGCAGCCAUAGAGAACAGUAUGCCAAGGUAUGGGACUAUUGUGAGACCCUGAAACAAAGGAACCAAGGUAGUUGUUUGUUAGUUAGGGUGGAACGAAUAGCUCCUGAGUUACCUCCUAUUUUUCAAAGGAUGUAUGUAGGAUUGGCAGCCUGUAGAGAGGGUUUUAAGGCUGGUUGUAGACCAUUGAUUGGUUUGGACGGUUGUUUCUUAAAAGGACCAUUUAAGGGGCAGCUCCUAUGUGCUGUUGGUAGGGAUGCAAAUGAUAACAUGUACCCAAUUGCAAUGGCCAUUGUGGAGGCAGAGUUAAAGGAUAGUUGGGGAUGGUUUAUUGAGACACUUAUAUCCGAUCUUGGACAGCAACCUGAAGGUGGGUGGACAUUUAUCAGUGAUAGACAAAAGGGUUUAAAACCAGCAAUGGAGGAGUUGGUGCCUUACAAUGACAGUCGUAUUUGUGUCAGGCAUUUAUAUGCCAAUUUUCGAGAUGCUGGCCACAGGGGUGUGGCUUUAAAGGAGAAAUUGUGGCAGGCAGCUACAGCAUACACAAAGAGGGACUUUGAGAGAGCUAUGGAGGAACUGAAAGCCCUCAGUCAGCCUGCAUAUGACUACCUAAAGGUUAUAGACCCAUCACAAUGGUCUAGAGCAUGGUUUAACACAUUUUCAAAGUCUGACUUGGUAGUGAAUAAUCUUAGUGAAUGUUUCAACGCGUAUAUUCUGCAAGCACGUGAUAAGCCAAUUGUGACUAUGGUGGAGACCAUACGGAAGAAACUGAUGGCACGAUAUCAGUUGAAAAGGGAAGCAAUUAGUAAAUGGGAGAAUACAAUCACGCCUCAGAUAGUUGCAAAGCUUGAACUUAUGCAUGAUUUGUCCAUCUAUUGUACUCCAACGUAUGCAGGGUGUGGUCAGUUUGAAGUUAACAAUGCUGGUAGGCAAUAUGUGGUUGAUUUGGAAAAGAGGACCUGUUCAUGUUUGAGAUGGGACAUCACAGGUAUUCCAUGCCCGCAUGCAUACACAUGUAUUGUGUAUUCUGACCAAGAUCCCAAGGGAUAUGUGCAUCAUUACUAUAGUGUGGAGAUGUGGAGGGCAGCAUACGAGCCUUUAAUUUACCCUAUGCCAAGUGAGGAUCAGUGGCUCACUACCACAUACGAGAAGCCUACUGCUCCUGAGGUUAGGAAACAACCCGGGAGGCCAAAGAAACAUCGAAGAAGAAAUGAGGACGAUCGACAAGGAGCAAACAAGUUGAGAAAAACUGGUGUGCAUAUGACCUGUUCGAGAUGUAAUCAAGUUGGUCACAACAAAAGAAAAUGUCCGCGUGGGAACGCAGGCACACCCUCCUCCACUUCUGCAGCAGAAUUUCAAGCUCCUUCAUUUCCAGAUGAACAAGUCAUUUCACAACCUCCAAUGUCAGAGCCUUCACAGCCAACAACCCAAUCUAUGCAAACUGGGAACGCUCCACCUUCGUCGCUUUCACAGGCAACAUGGCAAACAAGUCCAACAGUGCAAACUCCCUUGUCAGAGACUUCGCAGGCAGGCCAAAGUAAUCAACUGCAAGUCAAUAUGGGUCGUGUAAAGAUGUUGGCCAAACGACCACCCAGGAGGCGGUCUGCAAGACUUGGGGGCCACCACUCACAGACUAGUACACGUAGACCUGUGUUUGUGGACUUAGACGUUGAUACAAGCAAUCCAGCACAAGGAAGACUGUGUUCUUGGGGCAAUCCUGGAAGGGGAGGCAUGCAAUUCAGAGUUGGUCAACUGCCACCCAAGCCCCAAGUGCCUCCUGCCAAGGCUAAUGCAUCAGUGCAAAAAGGGAAGAAUGUAGAGUCAUCUUCACGUGUGGAGAGGAUGAACGAAGAUAAAAAGGGGAAACAGAAGCGACCAAAUUGGCAAUAUUGA